AUGUCAACUGAUACCACUCCUGCCAUUGGCUUCGACACCUUUUACAAUGUCAUAAAUGGCAAAUGCACCACGACACCCGCAACGCGUCAUGGAAUCGACCCCGCCACAGAAGAAGCAAAUCCUGAAGUGCCUCUAUCGCAGACUAGUGAUGUCAAUGAUGCAGUCCAAGCCGCCAAGUCGGCCGCUUCAAGCUGGUCGGGUACAACCUAUGCGAAGCGACGAGAGGCCAUUCUAGCGUUUGCGGAAUCUCUUGCCAGGGAGAAGGACGGUUUUGCAAAACUGUUGACCAUGGAACAGGGCAAAUCGGUAGGUCGACGUUUCUUCCCGCGUAAGAACAGCACAUCUCAUUGCCAUCACCUCCAGCUAUCCUUUGCUCACCACGAGGUGGACGGCGGUGUGCACUGGCUUCGUGAACUUACUAGCUUGGAGCUUGGUGAGGAGACAGUACGGGAAGAUGAGAAGGUGGGAUAUUCACAUGUAUCAAGAGCGUAG